GCACUGCGCUAUUUUGAAAGACCACCGCUUUUAUUGUGAAGGCUCGCCUUGCCUUCAGACUGCUGGAUGGAGGCGGCUGCGGGCGCAGGCAGACUUGAGCGCGGCUCCCAUGCUGCAUGACCGCCUCCUCGGGACCAGACCAGCUGCGUGUGUCACACGUCGCGGAUGGACGAUGCUGGACCAAACUCUUUGUCCUUCUCCGCCAUUUGGGCUGUGAAUGUGCUUAGGGUAGGGGGUUCCUGGGGGAGUUAAGAAAUAAAAUCCCGCAUCUGGAUUACACGCUUUUUAGGAGACGGUCCACCCCUAAAAUGAGCAGGAUCUCCUCAUGUGCCCUCAAACUAUGAACAGGCAGCAACAGGAUUCGGGAGAAACAGGUCUCUGACUGGGUGUCACCUGGAGCAAAGGCUCUGGAGUGACCCACACCAUGAUGACCCAGAAGGCCAGAGGCGUAACGUCGUCACCACCCUCCCUCCGGCGGAAGCCUCGUUUUACCUUAUGUGGACGGAAGAAGAAGAGCGGAGUGAUCCGGGGCAAGCUUCGCCUACGCUCCGUUGCUGGAGCUUUCCUGGUGUUGGGGGUCAUUGUGGUCAUGGUGGGUAUCGCUCUGGCUGUGGCGGGAUACCGAAUGUCACGUUUUUCCAUCCUGGGAGCCACAGAGAGGAACCAUGUUUCUGAGCCGCAGAGGAAGUGGGGUAUGGGGUCUAAGAGCUUCCUGUCGACAGUCAGCUUGAUCCACAGUGAGCGGAUGAAGCUGCUGGGCCCGGUCAUAAUGGGAGUUGGACUCUUCAUUCUCAUCUGUGCCAACACAGUCUUGUAUGAGAAUCGUGAUAGAGAGACUCAGAUGUUGAUGGCCCAGAUGCGCAGUGUCAUCUGCUCUGUGUCUGCCGCCGUUCCCUCAGCAGACCUACAAGAUAUCGCGGCAGCCAACUCGAUGGCGAAAAAUCAGUGGGUGAGCAGUUUACCGGCUGCCCAACUCCACAGCUUCUGUCGGGAGCAGUUGGCAAGUUCUGAACCCCUGCUGCAGACCAGACCUGGUAACAACCAGAGGGACAGCGUGGAGGGCGUCUACCAGCAAGCAGUCCUGCAGACAGAAGCCCUCCACCAUCAAGAGUCGGUGCCUCCGACUUCAACCAACUUGUCCCCGUGCAACUCCAGCCAGACUGACAUCAACACACAAUUUGAAACUGAGCUUGGUUCCAGUUUCAAAACCCGACCAGAACAGUUCGGAAAGCUCAGUAAUUGCCUGAUGUCUGCCAGCUCCAUGUCCACCCUUGGGAUGGACGAUGUGGAUAUCCCAGCUGCUCAGCCUCGACGCUGCCAUAGCAUGAGCUACAGGACUAAACCUUCCAUGGCUCGAACGGUUUGGUCUACGGAGAAAACACUCAUUAGGGAGGAGGGAUUUACCAAAAAACCAGCGGUUUUAAGACGAGAUCAUUGCAUUAACAUUCCCGGGCAGGUUAUGGAUGUCACGGAGGAGCAGACUCACCAAAGCUGGCCUCGGUUAGACCUUGGCAUUGGGCGACGGUACCUGAAAUUGGAGAACAAGGAAGACUCGGUCGACAAACUGCUGGACCAGUUAGAGCAACAGUGUUCUCAGUGGGAUAAGAGUUUUGGCUCUGGACCAUUCCAGUGAUGCUUGAUUUUCAUGGUCCAAAGGAUACUUUUGGACCCAAACUACCAUCCAUGUUCUCACCAUAACUAAGCUCUUGAUCGAUUGGAACUCGAGUGUUUGUCAAUGAAGAAACUUUAGCUUGUUGUGAAAUUUCAGUGAAAUAUUAACCAACAGACUUGAUGUUCUUUGAGGCACUUUUAACUGUAGGAGAACACACUGACCUAAUACUGUCAUUAAUGAGCAAAGUAAUUCUGCCGGUUGGCAGCAGCAAGCAGCUUUGUCUAGUUCCAUGCCAACAGCGGAGGGUCGGUAUUCACUGUUCAGUCCUAUUUCAACCAAACUACCUGGUCUCUUGGACCCACCAAGUGUUGGUUAACAAAUGCAACUAAUGUAUAAAAAGAUCCUAUCCUCCAAAUACAAUGCAUGUCAGUUGUGUAUUGUACAAUAUGCUAUAUGUUGAUAAUUAUGCAGAAACGUGUCUGUUGGUGUUAUAUGUACAAAUCGUCAGUUCCAGUUAAAGGCGGAUUCCAGUUUAAUGCAACGUUGGUCUUAUCUGUUAUAGCAGGUACUAGCACAAAGACAAAGAAGCUAUGACAUAAUAUUUGGAUAUUCUUCCUCAUUUUGUAACAGUUCAAGAUAUUUUGUUCAAGCUGUGUUCAUAAAUUUAUGUUACGAAUGUUUUUGAUAAAACUUAAAGGCCUACUGAAAACCACUACUACCGACCCCGCAGUCCGAUAGUUUAUAUAUCAAUGAUGAAAUAUUAACAUUGCAACACAUGCCAAUAUGGCCGGUUUAGUUUACUAAAUUACAAUUUGAAAUUUCUCGCGGAGUUUCUUGUUGAAAACGUCGCGGAAUGAGGGGACAUAUUAGCGCAGCACCACUUGCGGCUAAAAGUCAUCUCUUUUCAUCGCAUAAUUAAACAGUAUUCUGGACUUCUGUAUUGCUGAAUCUUUUGCAGUUUGUUCAAUUAAUAAUGGAGAAGUCAAAGUAGAAAGAUGGAGGUGGGAAGCUUUAGCCGUUAGCCACACAAACACACAGUGUUUCCUUGUUUAAAAUUCCCGGAGGUGAGGCUUUACUAUGGAUCAGAGUGGUCAAACGAACAUGGUUCCCGACCACUUGUCAACCGGCAGGUUUCUGUAAGAAAAUUGUGGUAAAAUGUCGCCUCUUACCGGAGCAGCUGCCGUGACUUCCCUCAGAGACUGGCGUCAAGACACCCGUGGACACACCCGUCCGACUAUCAGGUACUAUUUAACUCCUUAAAACACUAGCAACACAAUAGAACGAUAAGGGAUUUCCCGGAAUUAUCCUAGUAAAUGUGUCUAAAAACAUCUGAAUCGCUCCCAAUGCAAUCGCCUUUUUUUUUAAACUUUAUUAUUUUAAUUAAUUUUUUUUCUUAGUCCUUCAUUAUCAAUAUCCUCAGUCACAAAUCUUUCAUCCUUGCUCAAAUUAAUAGGGAAAUUGUCGUUUUCUCUGUCCGAAUAGCUCUUGCCGCUGGAGGCUCCCAUUAGAAACAAUGUGAGGAUGUGAGGAGCCCUCACACCGGUGACGUCAUCGUCUGCUACUUCCGAUAAAGGCAAAGCUUUUUUAUUAGCGACCAAAAGUUGCGAAAUGUAUCGUCUGUGUUCUCUACUAAAUCCUUUCAGCAAAAAUAUGGCAAUAUUGCGAAAUGAUCAAGUAUGACACAUAGAAUGGACCUGCCAUCCCCGUUUAAAUAGGAAAAUCUCAUUUCAGUAGGCCUUUAACUUGUUUGGAAUUUUGCCUAUAAUUCACAAUCUUUAUGAGGAACAAGACCACACAUUUUUUUUUAAUGCAUUCUAAAUCGUAAAUAAACGUAAAUAAAAUUCUGCUUCCAGCGGAGUCAGUGGGAGGUCCUACUAAAAACCGCCAAUAAUACUCCAUUUACAUUUUGUGACCUGAAUAUUAACCGAGUAUUAGUGAUAUUUUUUAUUAUAAGCGCUAACAUUAAGGACCUAUUAUUAGCGGACCAUUGUCACAGAAAGCCAACUUCUUUAUGCUGCUAUAUUGACGUCAUCAGCUGGAGAGCUGCUCCCUGGCCUCGGAGCUCCUGAAAGUUAAUUCUAAAUGCUUAAUCAUGCCUCUCACCUCUGCAGUAAAGGGAUGAGGACAUAAUCUGCAAAGAUGGUCCACUUUGACAGGAAAUGUUAGACCGUCAGGAAUCGGAAUCGAAACAAAGAAUCGGAAUCGUUCGAAUUCAAACAAUACCCAACCCUAACUCCAGUGCGACUUAUAUAUGUUUUUUUCCUUCUUUAUUAAGCAUUUUCGGCAGGUGCGAUUUAUACUCCGGAGCGAUUUAUACUCCGAAAAAUACGGUACUUGCUGCCAUCUACUGAUAUGGAAGAGUAUUACACCGUUACUCUGCCAAACUCUUGACAGCACAGACUAUAAUUACUGGUUUGCAAAACAUAUUUUUAACCCAAUGAGGUGAAAUUACAUUAUUUCCCACGGCACAGCAAACAAUAUCUCACGGUACACAAGUGUUGAAAAACACUGCUCUGUACAAACAGGAGCACUACAGUGUUUUUUAGGAAUUUUUCUGCAAAAAUGUUAGUCUCCCCAGUUUUAAACUGAACUCGAAUUGAAAACUCUUGGCCUACGGCAUGGGUGUGAAAUUCUGGCCCGCGGGCCAAAUUUGGCCCGCCGUGUAAUUUCAUUUGGCCCUUGAGGUAAUAUCAAAUUAAGAUUAGAGCUGGCCCGCCGGUGUUAUACAGCGGCGAUGCCUCUGUAACACUGCAUUCACCGCUGAUACUAAUACUUGCCAACCCUCACAAUUUUCCUGGGAGACUCCCAAAGUUCAGUGCCCCUCCCGAAAAUCUCCCGGGACAACCAUUCUUCCGAAUUUCUCCCGAUUUCAACCCGGACAACAAUAUUCGGGGACGCUAAAGGCACUGCUUUUAGUGUCCUCUACAUCCUGUCGUCACGUCCGCUUUUCUGCCAUACAAACAACGUGCCGGUCCAGUCACAUAAUAUAUGCUGCUUUAACACACACAAGUGAAUGCAAGGCAUACUUGAUCAACAGCCAUAAGGGUCACACUGAGGGUGGCCGUAUAAACAACUUUAACACUUUUACAAAUAUGUGCCACACUGUGAAGCCACACCAAACAAGAAUGACAAACACAUUUCGGGAGAACAUCCGCACCGUAGCACAACAUAAACUCAACAGAAGAAAUACCCAGAAGCCCUUGCAGCACUAACUCUUCCGGGACCAUACAAUAUACAUCCCCGCUCCCCCAAUUUUUAUUUACAUUUUAUUUGAUAUGCCAUUGAUAUUUUUUACUCAUUAUUAUAAUUUGAAACUCAAUUUUGUAUGUGACUAUAAAGUUAUAUAAGUCUUGCUCGUUUAAUAUUCAAUGCAAAACUUGUUUGGGUCCCUAUUAAAAGGUUAAUUUGUUCAACCUUGGCCCGCGGCUUUGUUCAGUUUUAAAUUUUGGCCCACUCUGUAUUUGAGUUUGACACCCCUGGCCUACGGUCUUCAGGUGGGAGCCAGAACGAGUCCCGGGCAGGAGACCAUACGUUGCAUUAAAGUGGAAUCCUUGUUUAUCAGUAACACAGAUCUUUGUUGGUGGUUCAAGCAGAAUUAGCUUCGCCAUGGAAGGAAGGAGACUUUUCCCCCUCUGGUCUCAUGUUGAUUGUCUCCCAGUAUUUAUGGGAGGGUUCCUCCCACACAUGAUAAACACACACACAUGCAGGCUUAAAUAUGCACACACACACACACACUCUUUGAUCCAGCUAACCAGUUUGAUUGUGCAGACUCUGCAAAAACCUCAGCGAGAUUUAGUGAGGUCAUCAGUGCAGCAGGGGGGAGGCUCGCAUGAGUCACAAUCCAUGUAACCCCCCCUCCCCACUUCCGUAAAUCCAUGUGCAGAGGUGACCUCACCGCCUCUCUCCAGUUCUUCCUGCGCGGGAUCCUGACGCCUGUUGUGUGUUCUGACUGUAUCUCAAGCAAUAUUUGCGGCGUGACGGAACAAUCAAUGGCCACGUCUCGCCCCUUUGUCAUCUACCACUGCAUUUAAGACCAUUGCCACGCCUGGGUUGCAAAUAAAAGGCUGAGCAAAACCUGGGCGCCAGCGUCUCAUUUAUCCUAACAGCCAAUGUUGCGGCUCCGGGUUGUUAACGCA